ACAAGCAGACCAGUUAGCAAGUCGGAAAUGUCAGUUUCCUAGUUCCGAUUAGCACUUGAAUGCGGCGCUCUGGACAGUAGGCUACUUGGACAGGUACCGACAUCAGUGACAUUUCCCAAAAUUAUGGCAAACCGCGCCCAUCGAGCGGAAACCAAUAAAUCCCUUGUUUUAGGGCGAGCCUCCGUACGCUUAGCCAAUCAGAACGGCGGAAUUGGAUCCGUGCCUCCUAGUGUACAGCAAUGCAGUCAUGUGAUGGCCACAGAAAGAAUGCCAACAUGGAACUGUGGCAAGGACGGGAUCCCUUUCUGCAAAAUAAGACGACGGUGAAAAACUUCGAGGACGGUGCAUUUCGAAAGGUUUUAAUAUAGUUAAUGAUUAUCGACGGUGUAGUGAGAAGCGUGGUUCUCCUGUGUAUCUGGACUGUAUCUGGACUGUAUCAAUGGUGUCGUUAAGCAGCAGAGCGCUGGUCUCUGAUAAUGACCUCUAUAGGGACAGUGUUAGCCUGGUCUCCCUGGGGCUUGUAGAGGGAGAGGGCAGCGAGGGGGGGAGCGAGGGGGGUAGCUUUACUUCCUGUUACAGCCCCGAGGCCGGGGACAUGGGGGCUCGACUCAGCUUCAGCCCUGGAAAGGAGGAGGAUGACGAAGAGGAAGGGGGCCUGCUCCGACUCUAUCUGACCCCCACAGAGGGUCUGCCUGACUUCAGCCCCCGCCUGCCCUCACCCUUCUCUCCCACCAUGGAGGACAUCGAUGAGUUCCUCAGGGAGAAGAUGGAGCUGGUGAGAGAGGGGGUUCUCUUCUCUAGUGAACCCAUAGAGGAGCCAGCUCCCUCCCCUUCCAGCUCCAUGGAACAACUCCUCUCCUCCUCAGGGGGACACAGUGAGCCAGGGACCAGCAAUGCCCUGUCACCCCCCACCCCACAAACCCCCAACACCCCUCACACCCCAAGCCCAUCCCCCCUCACCCCCUCAGUGCUCCUGGGAGCACCCCUGAUUUUCCAGGUCCAGUCCUUGCCUCUGGCCCAGCCUCACCCCCAGACAGGCUCUCCUCCUGGUGCAUCCAGUGGGCUGAGAUUGGCCCACCUGGUUCUAGGACUCCAUGGAGGGCAGAACGUUACCCUGCUGGCCUCACAGGUGCCCUCCACCUCAGCCACUCUUCUCAGCAUAGCCAGCACGGACGCUCCAGACCAGAAGUACGUGAAGAUUGCCCCUCUACCGAUCACUGUGAGGGUUGCCGGGGGGCUUGUUGGGGCAACAGUCGUUGGGGGUCACAGUGGAGGGGUUGUGGUCAAAGCUGUGCCCCCCCCUAUGGGGAACAGACCCUCUCCUAAAGAGAUGCUGAGGGUACACAAAUGUUCUCACCCGGGCUGUGAGAAGAUGUACACCAAGAGCAGCCAUCUGAAGGCUCACUUCCGCAGACACACCGGAGAGAAGCCCUACACCUGCAGCUGGCCUGACUGUGUCUGGAGGUUCUCUCGUUCUGAUGAGCUGUCUCGUCAUCGGCGCUCCCACUCUGGGGUCAAGCCCUACGAGUGCUCUCUGUGUGAGAAGAAGUUUGCCCGCAGUGACCACCUCUCCAAACACACCAAGGUGCACCGCAGCCCCCGGCCUGGCAGAAUCGUCAGAACUACCAUCAGACCCAGCCAGCAUCUCGACACAGCAAACCCAGCUCAGCCCAAUCGUGACCCUGAUGCCACCCUUAACCCCGUUGCAGCACUUGACCUGGACGGCAGAAUUAUUAGUACCUGCCUCUAGAAUUCAGAGCAGCUUGGUCCCACACCUAUACCCUGGCUGUGCCUGCCCAACCCAGCCCAGUCCAACCUCAACCCGACCACAGGCUGACAGACUAAUCAGACUCAUCCACCCAGCCCUUCUCCGGGAAGGCCCCGUUAGGGAGUCUGAGUCCUCAUCGGGACACUGGUGCUACAGGAGCAGACCUGGGCCAGAACAGAGUAGGGUUCUGAAUCUGAUUCAGACCCUGCUGGCCUCUGCCCUCUUUACCCCCUCCUCUCCUCCCUACUGCAGCAAAGCAGAUGAGGGCUUGUCCUGGUGCUAGACAGUGAACUAACAGGUAACGGCCAUCUCAGGGAUGUGAUUGUUCAGCUUAAAGCGGAUUUCAGGCCUUUAGGUUAAAUCACAUCCCCCUGCCACACACACACCUUGUUACCCUUAGCAGAUGACAAGUGUGACAGGCAGCUGCGCAAGGUCUAACUCUCAGAAGAUAAUGUUGUAUAUGUCAUUAGAUUGUGUUUAAAAGACUACACUGUCACACAUUCUAUUCUACAUAUUAUAUUGCUCUGUGAAUCUGCUUCAGGAGUUAGAUCCUCAAGACAGUUUUAGAGGUAAAUGCACUGACCCAGCUCAUUCUAGCCCAUAAUCUGUGCUAUUAGCCCAGUUGAAAUGUGAAAGUACUGUGUUGAUAUGUGAGCUGCCAGAUUCUCUCAGAGAACAGGUUCGAGUCUAUUUCUCUUACAUAUCCCCUCCUGCUCCCCAUAGUGCCAAACCUCUGGCCCAAUCACAUCCAUCCUUGACCCUAACGGCCAAUCCAGUACUGUUAUCUCCACUUCCCUGACCUCGUGCCUCUUCCCACUCCCUAAAAGACCUCAGGGCUGCAGACUAGUGGCUGCUGGUUUUCACCGUGGUGCUUUACUGGUCCAUUAUGUAAUAACUGGUUAGUUAAGAGUCCAAUCACACCCACCUGGUUUCCCAGGUUUGCAUCAGAUGCUGAUUGAAGGCAAGUAACUGAGUGAAAACCAGCAGACACCGCGGCCCACCUGGUCCAUGCUCUUGAACCUAUAAGCUCUUUUACUUUCUUUAUAUGUCUUUGAAAUCAAUGUUAAACUGACAAAAGAGACUCGGCGAAAGCUACUUAUGUGUAUACUGUAUGUUUUAUACAUUGGCUUUUCAAUGUAAAGCAAUCCAAUAUGAAGAACUGCUUAGUCAUUUACAGUAGUAAAGGUUAGUUAGCAAAGCUAGUCAUUUAUAGUGUACAGUACUGUACCUGAAAAGGGCAGCUGAUCGUUGUCCAAUCUGUAUCUGUGAAAUAUAACAUUUACAUGUACAGAACAUGUAGAAGCUCCUAUCCAGAGAAACCCGUAGUCAGUGCAUUAAGCUAUCCAGUGGUGUCUGUGCUUGGUGAAACUGUGGAAUGUUAUUGAGGGGUCAUCAGAUCAGCCAGACGGGAGUUAAUUAUGAGACCUACUCUUCCAUUAAUGAGUUAACCCAUCACACCUCAUCAAGAUGAGCCCUCUGUUCUCAAGUGCACUUAUGUUAGCAGGUCUAGCAGGAGAGGGUUAAGCAUGGAGAAAAGUUAUAGGUAGCCCAACGGCUAAGGAAUUGGACCUGUUGCUGAAAGGUUUCUGGUUCAAAUCCUGGGGCGGGCACUGGAAAAAUAGGUGUGAAUUGAUCUGGUAACUGAAGGGCUGCUGGAUUCACAUCCUAAAGAUGUUCUUCUACUGUUGGGCCCUUAAGCAAGGCCCUUAACCCCACAGCAUGCUCUCCAUCCAGGGGCCCUGCACUCAGCUUGACCCUGUGCUUGUCUCAACUGUGUGUGAUGUGUGCUGUAAGACAUGGACAAUAAAGUUGUUUUCUAAAUUCUAUGCCAAGGACUGGAGGGCUCUGCUACGAGUAUGUAAGCUGUAUCUCUGGAUUUGAGUGUAAAAGGUGCUUUUUCAACAGGCUACUGCACUUAGGAAACCAUAUAGAGAAAACAAUGGACUUUUCAGGGUAGCAGUUUUGGCCCAUAUUCCUUGAGAGAAACCAGUGGGUACAUGCACUUUAAACCCACUUAUAUUGUACUAAAAUUUGCAAUCCAUCACUCACAUUUGCCAUCCAUCACAGUGAUUCAGAACUUAUGAUGAGCCAAACUUUUUUUUAAACACAUUUUCUGGCGUGUUAAAUUUGGAUGGGUAACUCAGAAUGGACCACCAUAUCAUCAGUAUCACUGGCAAUCAUCAUCAUUAAAUGGUAUCUUGCCAUUACAGAAACAGUUUGUUGUUUUUUAAGAUUGUUUGUGUAUUUCUUUCUUUGGACAUGACUCGUUUGAUUAGAUGACAACCACAUCAACCCACCUAGACAGACGUCUGACCCAGCUGUGUGUCCAUGGCUGGUCUGGUCCCUCUGAUUCAGUCCUAUUGUAAAUAUUCCCCUUUCUGCCUUACUUUCAACCAUAGGUCGCUCUCUCCCAGUAACUCUAUCUAACUACUGUAAUAAUUAAGUUCUGCUUAAUUACACGUAAAAAAAAAAUUGAAUACCAGAAAUGCUAUUUUCCUAUGUAUGAGAAUAAAGGAUAAGAAAAUGUAAA